AUGAACACUCUCCCUCUGUCUUUGGUUAGCAGGUCUUCAGGUCUCAUGAACGCCAAAUAUUACAGAAUGUCAUUUGUCGUCGAUUUAGUCGCAAGACUCCCACGCGCAGCGCAAGAAUGGCUUGUCCCCGCGACAUCCAUUCCAGACGUUCAUAACAACCUUUGCAAAGUCCAGCUAUCACGAAUCGGACAUGUGUAUUUUGAGCAUGCAAAUCUUCGCAACUUUGAGAAGUUUGCGGCGGAUUUCGGUUUUUUCGAAGAGAAACGCCUAGGAAAUACGAUUUACUACCGCGGCUACGGCAGAGAUCCUUAUGUCUAUGUGGCAUCGCAGAGUGAGAAAGGCCGUUCGAGAUUUUUAGGAGCUGCAUUUGUUGCACGUGAUGAAGAGAAUUUCAGCAAAGCAAGCAAAAUCCCUGGAGCUGUUGUAAAAGAUCUUAGCCAUGCCCCUGGUGGGGGUCAAUUGGUCACUAUUCCACGACCUGAUGGAACCUUCAUGCAUGUCGUCUACGGCCAAAAAGAACGCAAGGUGGCUCUAGAACCCCCAUCUAAGAUUAUUGAAUCUCAGGGUCCCUUUAAUGAACCUUUCAAGAAAGGAAGACUUGGCAUAUUUCAACGAUUCAAGAGCGCGCCUGCACUAGUCCACAAACUUGGACACUUUGGAUAUGUAUCAGUCAGAUUCGAAGAAGAGCUGGACUUCUAUACGUCAAAUUUCAACUUUGUGCAUUCCGAUAUCCUAACGCAUGACAAAUUCGGUUGGGUUGAUUUCAUGACAUUCAUGCAUCUAGACCUGGGCGAGGAGUAUUCGGAUCACCAUAGCUUUUUUAUGUCAAUGGCACCACCAGGCACAAAAAACACAUACUGCCAUCACACGUCAUAUGAGGUAUCCGAUAUCGAUACCCAACUCAUGGGUCAUCGUUGGCUGGAGGAAAAGAAAUGGAAACCAGUUUGGGGUGUUGGAAGGCAUGUGUUGGGAAGCCAGAUUUUUGAUUACUGGCUAGAUUCUAGUGGGUUUAAAAUGGAGCACUAUGCGGACGGAGAUCUGGUAAACACAGAGUAUAAGAAUCGGCGGAGUGUGGCAGGKCCAAUGGCAAUCUGGGGGCCUGAGAUGCCUGGAGAUUUUGCGAACAACAAAGCUGUCUAG